AUGGGUGUUUUUGUGAAGCUAAUAGACUUGAUACUUUUCUUCUUCUUUCUGGUGAUAGCAGUGGCAGCGCCGUUAAUUGAUGCUCAGACUUGUCUUCCUCUCUCUUUAUUCCCUGAUUUCUUGAUCAAUCUUAAACAGUGGUAUGCCCACCAAUACGAUGACUAUCUAAUCAUCGAGAAACCUCAUUUCUUCGUUGGCAUUGUCUGGUUAGAGCUAUUCUUUCAGUGGCCUCUUUCUCUCCUCAAUUUGUAUGCUAUUUUGGCAUCCAAAUCCUGGUUUAACACCACGUGCUUGAUCUAUGGUGCAUCUGUUCUCACCUCCAUGGUUGCUAUAUUAGCAGAGCUAACAGGGUCUGGCAAGGCAUCUGAUAAUUUGCUGAUGAUGUACUCCCCCUUCUUGGGUCUUGGUGUGUUGUGCAUUUUGCGUGGGCUAAUUCCAAGUUCUUCCAAGAGUAGUGGUCCACGGCCUAAAAGUAGCAGGAUACCUGCGUUGGCUAGGAAAAAGAAAGCUUAA